AUGUGUCCAGAGCGAGUGACCACACUGAUCCUGUCCCUGUUGAUUCUUUUAGACUGUGUUUCUGCUGCUCCGAGUCACAGGUACUCGAGUUCAGGAUCCAGCGAGCAGGACGUGGGGCCGGGAUGGUCCGUGUCGGAACUGGCCUCUAACCCGUUUUGGGGUCUUUUGGGUCCGAGGCUGGAGAGGGAGCUGCCGCCGACGAACAGCCACUCCCUUCAGAAGAGGAAGUGCAACACGGCCACGUGCGUCACCCAGCGACUCGCCGACUUCCUGGUUCGCUCCAGCAACACGAUCGGGACGGUGUACGCCCCGACCAACGUGGGAUCGGCCGCGUACGGCAAGAGGAGCGCUCUGUCGCCCCCUGUGUUCAUGCCUCUCUAG